CGGAAACGAGUCGUAAACAGCCAUUGAGACGCACGUGGCAAUUCAUUCAUAAAAUCACUCCAAACGAAAACAACAAUGGAGGAGACCCUUCAAAGGCUCGAGCAGGAGCACCGGAAGGCGAAGGACGACUUGCAGGCCGCCGAGAGCGAGGCGAGGGAGGCCCAGGCGAACUUGGUGGAGGCCAAGCGCGCCCUGCAGAGCCUGAAGAAGCGGCACAGCGACACAGAGGCUCGGCACCGCGGCCUGCACUACGAGCUGUCGCAGCAGCACUCCUUGUCGGCGCGGCACCGUCAGAUGAUGGCCAGCGCCAGCGUGGUCCUGUUGGAGGAGGAGGCGGUGAAGGCGGUCGAGCGAGACAUCGACUCCGCGACCGCCAGCCUGGACGGCAUGGCCAGAAUGCGCAUGGCCUGCUACGAGAUGGGCCAGCAGGAGUGUCUGGCCAAAGACAGGCUUUACCAGCAAGUGAUGCAGGCCCGAGCGCGGGUCACGGCCCUCAGGUCCCGCCAGGAAUCCUUCAGGCACUCGCCAGGCAGAGUGGAGCCGCUCAAGUCGCAGGUACAGCACCUGAAGGGGGCCGUGCAGUCGCUCCGCCAACAGGCGAGCACACCCGACGACACCCUGCAGUCCUGAAGAGCAGGCGGAGGCGGAGAAGGACGUGGUCCUACCGACGCCGCAACGAGGACCACCUGGCCAAGCUGAGGACCACGCUGGGGUGCGCCCACGCCUACAACUCGCGCCUCAACCUCGAACUCAGCAGGCUGGA